AUGGCUGCAUCUCCUGCGGUCGUCGCCCAGAUCGCUCCCCAGAAGAAGCCAGAGGGCCUUGACCUCUACGCGCGCUUCGCCUUUGCCGGCGCGGUCUGCUGUUCGGUCACCCAUGGCGCCUUUACUCCCGUUGAUGUCGUGAAGACCAGGAUCCAGCUCGACCCGGCCACCUACAACCGUGGUAUGAUCGGCGGCUUCCGUCAAGUCAUUCAGGCCGAAGGCGCUGGUGCCCUUCUGACCGGCGCUGGUCCGACCUUCGCGGGUUACUUCCUGCAGGGUGCGUUCAAGUUUGGGGGCUACGAGUUCUUCAAGCAGCAGUCGAUCAACACACUCGGUUUGGAGAAGGCCCGCCAGAAUCGCGCGGCCGUGUACUCGGUUUCGGCGGCUUGCGCCGAGUUCUUUGCUUCCAUCGCUCUUUGUCCGCUUGAGGCUACGCGGAUUCGUCUUGUUUCGCAGCCGGGUUUCGCCAACGGCCUGAUUGGAGGGUUCGGCAAGAUCCUCAAGAAUGAAGGCGUGGGUGCCUUCUACCGUGGCUUUGGUCCGAUUCUCUUGAAGCAGGUUCCCUACACCGUGACUAAGUUUGUCGCCUUCGAAAAGGUCUCCGAGGCUGUUUUCGCGCGCCUUGACAAGUCCAAGCUGUCGGGCGGCGCCCAGACCGCCGUGAACUUGGGAUCCGGUCUGAUGGCUGGCUUCGCCGCUGCUAUCGUCUCUCAACCCGCUGACACCAUGCUGUCCAAGAUCAACAAGACACAGGGUCUACCGGGCGAGAGUACCGUUUCCCGUCUGAUCAAGAUUGCGGGUGAGCUUGGUCUUCGUGGUUCCUUUGCUGGCCUUACCACUCGUCUGUUCAUGAUUGGCGGUCUUACUGCUGGUCAAUUCGCUAUCUACGGUGACAUUAAGAAGGCUCUUGGUGCCACCAAUGGCGUCGAAAUUGCCAAAUAA